AUGGCAAAUAGCUCCAUCGAAAGUUAUGUGCAGCUGUUCCAGAUAACCGUGUACAUUCCCACCUUUGUCCUGGGAUUGCUGUUCAAUGUGAUGGCUUUGUGGUUUGUCUUUUGUAAGAUCAGGAAGCUGACAGAAUCAACAAUCUACCUGGUGUCACUUAUUACUCUGGAUACCUUACUGCUGUUUACCCUUCCUUUUAAAAUCAUUUCCUAUGGCUCCCAGAACAAAUGGAACUUGGGGUUUGCAUUCUGCUCAUUCCUGGAAAGCCUCUACUUUGUGAACAUGUAUGGGAGCAUUCUCAUCUCUGCAUGUAUAUGUGUGGACAGAUAUAUCGCCAUCCGACAUCCAUUCUUAGCCAUUUCCCUGAGAUCCACCAAGAAAGCUGCUAUGGUCUGUUCCAUCAUCUGUGUGGGUGUCUGGGCUGGAACUUCUUUUACUUACCAAUUCCAUGAUAGCACACCCACUACGUGCUUCUAUGGCUUCUCUAAUAAAAUAUGGCAAAACCCAGCUGUGCUUGUCACCUUGGAGACUGCAUUUUUUGGCAGCCUGAUAGCAAUGAUCUUCUGCACAGUUCAGAUCAUCAUAUGCUUGAAACGGAGCAGAAGGCCAGACAAUCCCCUUACUGACACAAGUAAAUCAGUGAAGAUAGUCAUGGCAAACCUAGCCACAUUUGUCAUCUGUUUCACCCCUUUCCACGUGAUGUUCUUCUUGUAUUAUUUGGUAAAAAAAGGGGUCAUCACAAGCAAUCUUCAGCAAAUCAUACGCUCUUUUGUUCAGAUCAGCCUCUGCUGGGCUAACCUCAACUGCUGCUUGGACGCAAUUUGCUAUUAUUUUGUCCUUAAGGAGUUUUUGAAAUCCCCACCUCAGGAGACCAAGAUAACAACCAACGUUAGUUAAUCAAAGUGCUGU